UUGCAGAUUUUGAAGCGACAAAUUGCUUAUAGUGAUAUAACGAGCAUUGGCCUGAGUCCGUAUCAGGAUAAUUUUCUCGUGAUUAGUGUUCGUGACUCCUACACUUCCCUGCUGGAAACCCCAUUGAAAACGGAGCUGGUGGUUGCAGUCAACAAGCGUUAUCGUGAAGUGACAAAAGGCGCGAUUCUGCCGCUAGUGUUCAGCACCACCUACCAAAUUAUUUUAAAGAAAACUCGCUUUGGUGGAGGAACACGAAGUGUUGCAUUUUCGAGGGACGAUUCUGGAUCCGAUGUCACGCAGCUCCUUGCAAAAGACAAGACCUUAACGGUGUCCGUUGGACCUGGAUUGCCCAACUGCACAAGACCAAGUGGUGUACGGCCAGCUGUUGUAAAGCACUAUGAAAGGCGAGGAGGUCCCUCAGCAGCCAACACACAGCAACUGCAGUGGAAAAUACCUCAGUUAAAUCGCCAAGCUCCUCUCCCACCGCAGCAUGCAACUGCCAUACAAUCAAAUCGCAUUUAUCCUAGAAAUGGCGAUCUGAAUGUUAAUAGGAACGACAGGGUUACAAGUGGGCAGGUCAUCAAUGAUUCCAAUUCGUUCUUAAGUUUUUAUGGUGACCAAUUCUGA